AUGAUUUACUGGAUCUUUACUGGUGAUAAUCCCUGUCCACCUAAAUAUGUCAUACAUACUGAAACUGGUGUGACAAGGGAGAUCACUACUGCUUAUAAGAAUUGGGUCAAAAAGGAUAUGGCUUUACUCAGUUUGCUUAUUGCCACUUUAUUUGAUGAUGCAAUGGAGCAUGUUAUUGGAUGUAAAACAUCACAGGAAGCAUGGACUGCUUUACAAGAUCAUUAUGCAUCUGUGUCAGUUUCACGAAUAAAUCAGUUAAAGAUUGAGUUUCAUACUGCACAUAAAGGAGGGGAUUCGAUUGAUAAGUUUUUGUUGAAAUUAAAGGCUAUACGAGAUCAGUUAAUCUCUGCUGGAGAAAGGGUUUCAGAAAAUGAUCUGGUUAUUGCUGUUUUAACUGGAUUACCACAAGACUUUGAUAUGAUUAGAACUGUGAUUUUGGCAAGAGAGACACCAAUUUCUUUGAAAGAUUUUCGUGCACAGCUUCUUAGUGCUGAACUUACCAUAGAAUCCAGAGUUUCAGCUCUUACAGGUUCAAUGGCAGCAAUGUAUAUGAAUGGGGAUAAUGGUAAAGGACAUACUGGUUCCUAUCAAGCAAAUGGUAGUUAUCAUGGUGAAAGCUCAGCUAUAGGGGCUAGUGGUUAUCAAGGAGGUGAAAGUUCCAUUAUAGGGGCUAAUGAUUAUCAAUGA